AUGUCGGUGUUUGUGGUUUGCGUGCUCGUGCGAUCAAUUCUUUCCAAGCUCUCAAUUCUGUUCCCAGCGAUCACUAAGGUUUAUGAAACUUUCCCGAAAGGUCACCAGCUAUUCUUCUCGCGAGGACAUGCACGAAAAUACGUCCUUUCAUACAUAUUUACAGUAAGCCUUGCUAUCAACUCUCGUCUUACAUGCCUUGGAAACUUGUUACAAUUCUUGUGGUGUUUCUUGCGGAAUACAUUCGUGACUUUAAGUCUCUCUGAAGCCUCUCUCUAUCUGUACCCAGUCUUCGCUCCUCUCAACUACAUGCAUCUAAUCGCUGAAGACCAUCCAUUACAAAUACACUGUACAGCUCCUAUCGAUCUUUCGAGCCCUAUUCCGUACAUCGAAUUACUCCACCCAACCCUCAGAAUAUCCUCUCGCUCAAGCUCGGACUUUUUCUCUUCCCCACUUCUAAUCCUCCCACCAAUUCCGUCCCAGAUCUACCAGUAG